GGAUCCCGCGGCCCUCCUAGCAAGGCAGUCAUUUCCCGGAGGGAACUGUGCAGACUCCCCACGGAGCGGGAGCGGGAGCGGCCGGCGGGCAGUGCCAACAGGGACGUCCAGCUCUCCGGCCGCGGGCGCGCGGGCGAGGCCGGGCCAGGGUCACGGUCACGGCCCUGGAGGGAACGCAGGCAGGAGCGCGCCGGGGCGGGAGGCGGGGCUGGCGGCGGAAGCAGCGGCCACGCGUAGCGACUGCGGGGAUUAAGGCUCCGUGCCGCCCUACCCUCCGCGCGCAGGAAAAACCAGCAUGCCUUCCUCCAGAUUGGGGCUCCGUUUGGCUGCCUGUUUACUAAACAUCUCAGAAGCCAGGAGGAAGCACGUCGUUGAGAACAUCGCAAAAGCAGCUCUUCUUGGGGAAAAUGGGAAGAAACGUCCUGAAGUAUCAGUGCUCAAUAUAUUUUCUGAUCAAGACUACAACAGAUCAGUCAUUACCAUAGCAGCUUCUGUUGAUGAAUUAAACCAUGCUGUCCUGGCUGCCUGCGUGGAGGCCUUCCGGUCUAUUGACAUGGAGGCUCAAGAGGGGAUCCACCCCUGUUUGGGAGCCGUGGACCUGAUCCCCAUUUACCCGCUCGCUGGCGUGGGAGUGGAAGAGUGUGGAGCUGUGGCCAGAAGCCUGGCCGAGACCCUCGUCCUGCGCGUCCCAGGCAGCAGCGUGUUUCUCUUCGGCGAGGCCGAUCUGCCCAAGAAGCGCCCCCUGGUCCAGAGAAGGAAGCAGCUGGGCUGGUUCGCAAGGAGGGAUCUCAGUGCCCUGGAACCCGACCUGGGAGCUGCACCUGCCCGAAGAUGUGGCUUAACAGGCGUCGGCGCCAGCCCGUAUGUGAUGAACUGCAAUGUGACCAUAGACUCCCAAGACUUGGCCUUGGGAAAGGAGAUUGCUGGUGCCAUUCGGGGCUCAAAUGCAAAUGGACUGAAGGGCGUCCAAGCGAUGGCCUUUCCCCAUGAAGGGAAAGUCGAGAUAGCUUGCAACGUGGAGAGUUUUGAAGACCAAGAAGCUGCAGAAACCUCAGAAGAGUCCCAAUAUAUGGCUUAUAGUGUCCUUGGGGACCAUUUUUCUUACGUAUCUCCUCAUUACAUAGAAGCGCAAGUUAAAAAGCUGGCGGGUGAUCGGGGAAUUGGUACUAUAGGGAGAGCAUUAAUUGGAUUUACACCCCAAGAGUGCAAGACCUGUGCUGAAUAUGCUAUAAAAGAAAAUAUCGGGGAAUUCUGGAAGAUACGGGGAGGUAUUUUCAUGUGAUCCAGUUUAAGAAUUCAUGGAAAUUUUAAGGAAAAAUGUCAAUCAUUACAAAGUUUUGUCUGGCCAGUGAAGAUGAGGGAAAGAUACAGGCAUUCUUUGCUCAACAGCCAGUCUUUAUGGAUUGUUCCUCAUUGCCCCGUGAUAGUUCUAGUCCUCGUUGAAACUUCACAAGAACCUCUCUGCACCUCGUUUAUGCACUUUGUGCAUUAGAAGACCCCCCGAAUCAACUGAGUGGAAUGGGCAUGGCUGCCAAACCAUGUCAAUAGGUUUAAUUGUUGAGAACAAAACCAAAGAUGGAUUUGAUUUCCUUGGUUUUCCCUAACUCAUUAUUUCCAAGGUCUGUAUUCAACUUCCAUUUUUCAAAUGAUCUUUUUUU